AUGACAACCCAAGCCGACAUGGUCCCACCCCCCGAAGCCCAUCUGGCCAACCACCAAAUCGACGGCAUCCGCAUACUACGCAAAACGCUCCUCGGCUCGCCCUCAUACGACGAAGUGUGGAUGACCCUCAGCAUGACCUCGGACGCCAUCAACCUGGACGUGCCGUCCAUACUGCUUUGGCAGGACGAAGGGCAGAAGAGGAGGAAUGCCUUGUUUUAUUUCAUUGAUGAGGGGGAGGAAGCCGUCGCGAUGGAAAUCUGCCAAAUCCUGUUCGAUGCCAAAAAUGAAGACACGCUUCGGGAGCUGGUGCAUGCGAUUUGUUAUAUCCACGGGGAGCCGACGGGGCUUCGGGACCUGGCGGAGAGGAAGGGGUGUGAGAGGAUUUUGAGGAUGUUGGAACGGGUUGGUUGUAUUUCUCCGUCUACGUCCUCUUCGUAG